GUACUCUCUGAGGCGGCGCUGCGCGACAUCAGGAACUUCGAGCGCGACCUGCUGAGCGGGAGCGAGUGGUCCAGCAUGUGCGGCAAGUCGGGCGCGCCGUUUCGGUGCAGCCCUGGCGAGUCCAUCGGCAACUACGUGUGGCCGACCCGCCAGGACGAGGUCGCGUACAACUCGGGGGUGUUCCAGUACGCGGGGGGCGAGUUCGGGCUCACCUUCGACGGCACCGCCCGGGAGCGCCUGCACGAAGCCGCCGUCGUGGCGUACCUCCAGGCGGACACGCAGCGCGGCACCGCGGCGUUCCUGCCAGCGUGGGGCUCGGACCCCCGCGACUCCGCCGAGCUCCGCUCUACCUUCGCCUUCACGGCGCCGAGCGCGGACAGCGGGCAGUUCAGUGACGAGUAUGACGCUUUCGUCAGGGACGUGCUCUACGACAAGCUCUUGGACGGCGUGGAGCGGUCGAGGAAGGUGGCCGAGCCCGACACCUGGGAGGAGGAGUCUAGCGUGACAAUAUUCUUCUCCGGCGAUGUGGUGGAUGACUACGACGUCAAGGUCGUUUUCUACAGGGACAUGAAGUUGGCCGCCGGAUGCCUGGUAUUCACCUUCCUCUUCGCCUGGUUCCACCUGAGGAGCCUAUUCCUUGCCUUCUUCGGCGUCUGGCUGCUGUGCAUGGCGCCCCUGCUGUCCUUCGUGCUCCUGCCUGCAGUCGACAAGCCGAGCCUGGCCUCCUUCCUUUGCGUCUUCAUCGUCGUCGGCCUCGGCGGCAACACGCUGCUCUACGCCAAGAGCGAGUGGGACCUGUCCGCGAGGAAGUUCGGGCGCGCCCCGAGCGCGAGGCGGCUGCUGCGGGUACACCAGGAUAUCCUCUGGCAGCUGAUGCCGGUGCUGCUGAGCGCGGUCUGCUUCUUCGUGUUGUUGCUGUCCCUUCUCCGGCCCCUCCGAGAGAUGGGGCUCUUCGCCGGCGUGAGCAUGCUCCUCACCGCCCUGCUCUGCGUCCUGGUCUUCGUUCCCCUCCUCGUGGUGAACGAGCAGCUCGUGAGGCCAGCGAUCCAGCGCGGCCUGCCCCAGAGGGUCCAGCUUGUCCUGGAGCCCCCGACCGACCGUAUCGCCUGGAAGCUCGUCGCCCGCGGCUGCGUCGAGGCGGCCAGCCGCGGGAAGUGGCCGCUCGUCGCCGCGGCCGCGGUUGUGGCGGUCAUGAUGGGCAUCGCCAUCGGCGUUGCGUUUACCCGCCACGACGUCGGCCUCCCCGAGAUCUUCUCGCCCGAUCACCAUCGGGCAGCGAGGCGCGAGCUCGAGGGCAAGUUCAGCGCGCCCUACCUGGCCGACGAGUCCCCGCCCGAGCAGGUGAAGAUCUGCGAGCCGCAGGUGACGGGCGACUGCGGGAUGUUCUGGUGCGAGGCGCCUGCGCAGGGCCACGCGUCGGCGCCGGCGGCGGACACCUGCGAGUGCCGGCGCGGGGGCUCGGUCGGCACGGCCUGCGGCACGGUGCGCGUCUCGGCGAGGUUGUCAGGAGCCUCCGCGAUAUCCAGCGAGCACCUGGUGUACUCGCUGCAGGACCACGUUGAAGCGAAGGCUCAGGUCUCCGCCAACCAGGCCAGCUGGCGGCUCGACGGAGCCGCCGACGGCCUUCUGCCCGAGGCGGUCGUGCCUACGACGCUCAAGCCCCUGGUGCUGGAGAACUGGGAGAGCGGCGAGAUCGACGUGGAGAGCCUCAUCGAGAUGCCGGGCCUGGUCAUGGACAACGCGGGCGCGGCAGGCUCGCAAGUCUGCGAUUACAAGUUGCUCUGCCACUGCGGCAGCCGCGCCUGCCAGAGGCCAGUCGACACCACGUUCUCUGGCCAGGAGACGAUCGACAUCGUGGUGAACACCAGCCGCCGCCUCGCUGGGGCGACAGCGGCGCCGCUGGAGGCCCCCCGCAGGGCCGACGCCGACAGCGAGGCCUCUGCGGGGGCCGCGGCGGCGGCUGCGCCCUGGCCCGCCGCCGGGCGGCGCCUGUCGACCCUUGGCACCGGCCUGCCGUCCGUGGUGACGGUCCUCUUCGGGAUCUCGCCGCCGGGGGGCAGCGAGUUCCUGGACACGGCGCCCCAGUGGUCCUUCGACGGCACCUUCGACGCCGCGUCUCCCGCGGCGCAGCGCGCCAUGCUGCGCAUGUGCGAGAUGGACGAUGCCACGAAGCAGGAGCUCAACAUCCAGGAGGUCUCGUGCUGGCUAAAGGAUUUCCGCGAUGACAUGGAGUCGCGCCUGGAGAAGUUCCCGGUCUGCCGCCAGUGCAACUUCACCGGCGCGGUGACGGAUUUCGUCGCGGGCAACCCCCGCGCGGCGCAGUCCAUCUGGUUCGACGAGGCCGGGAACGUGAUGGCUACCAUGUUCUCUUUCACAGUCGGGGCGCGAUCCACCGUCGAGGAACACUUGGAGGACGAGAAGAGGUGGCUCGCGCACGUGAGUACAAUGAACCUCGAAGCAGAGUCCACGGCGAGUCAGGCCUGGGCCACGUCGCAGACGUGGGUCGACGCCGAGGCUUUCGACGAGGCGCUCUCGAGCUCCUGGAGGGUGGUGCUCGUGACGCUGGCGCUGCUCACCGUGGCGGCCCUGGCCUACACCCUGGAUCUCAAGAUCGUGGCCGCAAUCACCUUGCUGACGUUCUGCUGCGGCACGGUGCUCUCGUUCAUGAUGUACUGCGUGUUCCAGUGGAAGUUCGGGCCGUGGGAGCUCGUCAUCACGGUGCUCUUCGCGUGCUACUCCCUGGAACCCGCCUUGCGGAUGUCGAGCAUCUUCCUGAGCCCAGGGCGGCAAGACGAAGCCGUUCCCCCACAGGCCCAGCUGGCGCUCCCCGCGCCCGACCCCGCCCCCCCGCGGCCGCUGCCGGAGGUGCCGGCGGGCGGCGGCGAGCCACCAGCGGAGGCGCCGGAGGUCGUCCUGCCGCCGCCGCCACCUUUGGAGACGGCAGGCGAGGGAGCCAAGGAGGGCGAGGGGCAGGACCAGGCGGCGACGCGGGAGGCGAUGAGCUCCUCGAGCUUGGAGCCAGCUGGCCGUGCGCCCGGCCGCCCG